AUGAUUGAGAAUAAAUCAUGCCCGAUUUGGGAUUAUGAUGACAUUUCUGAAUGCGCUAGGCAAGAAUACAUCGACUUCAAGUUUCCUCUAAUUAUAUUGUUGAUUGAUUUGAUAUACACAUUUCUUAAAAUAUUUUAUGCCCUCCAACUAAAGAGAGAAUAUUACGGAAGUGAAAGUGCUCUCGAUUAUCAGUGCGAAACCCCAGAACUCGAAGUACAAAAUAAUGAAAGUAAUAAAGAUGCACGAUUUUCAGUUUUAAGGUUAAAGUCAGCAUGGGAAAAUCGUUGCUUUCGCAGUGUCAAGUAUAAAAGAUCUUCUUUCGACAAAUUCAAAGUUUUCAUAGAAGGCGUUCUCAACGUUUUGCAGUUCAUUAUCCACUUAUAUAUUUUGAUCGAUAUACCAGCGGAUGGUAAGAUAUUCUUUCAUCAAAGUUUGGUAGUAAAAAUAUUACUCUGGGUUUUGCUCCUUAUUAUUGUUUCACUUCGUUUAUUCUCUGUGAGUCAGUCUUUACGAUGGCUUUCGGCGUGUCAACAUAAUCUCUGGACUGUUUCAUUUCUCUCCUAUACAUUGAUAUUUGCUCUUUCAAUCCCUCCUCUUUAUUCUAUUUUAAUUGGGAAAAUAAGAGAUGUGGCCGUGACCAAGUAUUUUAUCAUUGAGUUUUCUAUCAAUCUAGCUCUUUUCCUAUUAUUAUUUACGUCGAAUAUAGAAGGAAUUAACUAUUCAUUUUUAGUCGAGGAUGAAAAAGAAAAUCUGCCGCCAAAUACUACCGUGUUUGGUCUUCUGACGUUUGCUAGGAUAGAUCGGCUUAUUUGGAAGGCAUGCAAACGGUACCUUGAAAACGCAGAUAUUUGGGACUUGGAUAUCAAUAAUAAAUCAGUAGUAAUUCUGACAAAGUUUGAAAAAUAUUUUAAACACAGAAAGAUUCUUUCAAGUGUUGUAUCUUAUUUCAAAAUUACAUUUUUCUCCCAACUGUUACUAGCCUUUGUAACUAGUCUCUUAAACUUCGUACCUUCAUUGUUGCUGCCAAAAAUACUAACAUAUGUUGAUGAUCCUCAGUCGCAGUCAUGGAAUUUGAUAUCAUUGUAUGUCACAUUCAUGCUGGUUAGUAAAGUUAUUGCAACAACCUGCAGAGGACAGGGCCUAUUCUUAGGUGAAAAAGGCACUAUGCAACUAAGAACGGUAUUAAUAUCCCAUAUUUAUUCCAAAACUCUUAGAAGAACGAUUCUCAAAGGUUCAGCGAUGCCAAAACAAGAAAAUCAUUCUCAGCCAAAUGUGCUGACGACACCUGAAGAAAAUGACGACUAUUCUGAAAUGGAACUUGAUGCCAAGACUAGUAGGAAAGAUAAUUCUAUUAAUAACAUUAUGUCUGUGGAUGCUUUUAAGGUUUCUGAGGCUAUGAGUACUUUUUAUCAGGCUUGUGAAGCGAUUUUUAUGACAGUUACGGCACUAAUUAUAUUAUACUCUCUGCUAGGAUGGUCCGCGUUUGCUGGUAUCUUUGUUCUUAUUGCCAUGAUUCCUUUGAAUUUUUGGUGUGCAAUCUUUUACGGCAAGUACCAGGCCGAUCAGUUGAUAUUAACUGACAGGCGUACCUCUGGAAUUAGUGAAGCUUUGAAUUCAAUACGUGUAAUAAAACUACUCGCUUGGGAAAAGCUAUUUUACCGAAGGAUUAUGGUCACAAGAAAUGGAGAAAUUAGCCUUCUCAAAAAGAAGGCCACAAUAUUUUUCUUGAACCAUCUUAUUUGGUUCUUUGGGCCAACUCUUGUCUCAGUCGUAACAUUUGCAGUGUUUGUUAAGUUUCAAAAGCAAACGCUCACUCCUUCGAUAGCUUUUACAGCUCUUUCUUUAUUCGCUAUAUUGAGAACGCCUAUGGAUCAAAUUGCUUCUACUAUCAAUCUUUUGAUGCAAUCUUUCAUCUCACUUGAAAGAAUUCAGGAUUACCUUAACGAACCAGAAACAAGAAAAUAUGAAAUUUUGACACAGAGUAAAACAAAACUUGGCUUUGAAAAUGCAAAUAUGGAAUGGGAAGCUGCUGAAACAAGUUUCAAACUCAAAAACAUCUCUAUUGACUUCAAGCAGAACACCCUUAACGCCAUUAUAGGUCCCACAGGCUCAGGAAAGUCUUCACUAUUACUUGGACUCUUGGGAGAAUUGAAUCUCCGCUCUGGAAAGAUAAAUGUACCUACAGUCCAUUCCCGCGAUGAUUUAGAAAUCGGCAUAGAUGGAAUGGCGAAUUCAAUGGCAUAUUGUUCUCAAAGCCCGUGGUUAAUUAGCGGAACAAUUAAAGAUAACAUCGUAUUUGGGGAAUUUUUUAACCAACAGAAAUUUGAUGAUGUCAUAAAGUGUUGCUGUCUUGAAAAAGAUAUCAAAGCAAUGACAGCUGGUCUAAAAACAGAUGUGGGUGAGGGUGGAUUUUCCUUAUCCGGUGGACAGCAACAGAGGAUUGCUUUAGCCAGAGCAAUUUACUCCUCUUCCAGAUAUCUGCUUUUCGAUGACUGUUUGAGCGCAGUAGAUCCUGAAACUGCACUUCAUAUUUACGAAGAGUGCUUAUGUGGCCCCAUGAUGAAGGGAAGGACUUGUAUCGUUACAAGCCAUAAUAUAUCUUUGAUUAUCAAACAGGCUCAAUGGCUCGUGAUUCUAGACAAUGGCGAAGUUAAAGCACAAGGUAAGCCGUCGGACCUCAUUGAAUCCAGUAAAUUUUUGAAAGAAAGUAUAAACAAUGAUCCAGGAGAUAAAAGUUAUAAUCAGAUAAAAUUGAAACAGUUCAAAACAUUGAAGAAAACAGAAAAUGUACUUCCUAUAGAAGAAGACCCGCAAGACGAAGAAAACCCACAAGAAGCAGAAAACCCACAAGAAGAAGAAGACCCACAAGAGACUCCGGAAAUGGAAAAUUUUGAAGAAAAAAAAAUGGAAGGCUCAGUUAAAUUUUCAGCUUACAAAUGGCUAGCAGACUAUUUCGGAGGAUUGAGGCUCGUUUUGGUUUUUACGAUGUCUUCUGUCUUCAUUCAUGGAAUAACAAUCUCUCAGGGAUUUUGGCUCAGACACUGGCUCGAAAAAGGAUCUUCAGUUAACAAAUCUGCCAUGCUUUAUAGCAUGCUUGAAAAUUCACACUCUAAUGCUUAUUUUUUAUCAACCUAUACUAUCAUCGGCUUUAUUUCUUCAUUUCUAACUGCAGGUAAAGUAUGGGUGGCAGUACUCUUCGGUACUAAUGCUACCAAAAAAAUAUUUGCGAAACUACUUUCCAGUAUCUUCCUAGCCAAGUUACGUUUUCAUGACAUUACGCCUGUUGGACGAAUAAUGAACAGAUUUAGCAAGGAUAUGGAUAUCAUUGAUCAACAGUUGAUUCCUAAUUUCGAGGGACUUUUCUACAGCGUUGUUGUUUGCCUCUGGGUUAUAUUUUUGAUUGGUUAUAUCACUCCUCGAUUUCUAUUGUUUGCUAUUCCUUUAUGCGCCCUUUAUUAUAUUGUAGGUUCGUUAUAUCUUCGUGCCUCUAGAGAAUUGAAGAGAAUAGACAAUAUUAAUGUCUCUCCAAUACACCAGUUAUUCACUGAAGCUAUCAAAGGAGUAGCCACUAUUAGAGCAUUAGCUGAUGAACGUAGAUUUAUUACUCAAACAUUAGUUGCAAUUGACAAAAGUAAUGCUCCUUUUUUUUAUCUCAACCUAGCGACUGAAUGGAUUACAUAUAGAGUUGAUAUAAUUGGAGCUCUUAUCCUCUUCAGCUCCUCUUUGAUGAUUGUAUUGAAAGCUCCGUAUUUGGAUGCAGGACUAGCCGGAAUUCUACUAUCAAAUGCUUUCUCUUUUACUGAAACAGCCCAAUGGAUCAUAAAGGUAUUUUCAGGCGUCGAACUUCUAAUGAGCUCAGUAGAAAGAAUAAAAGAAUAUGUAGAUGUACCUCUCGAGUCAUCUGAAUCAAACAAUUAUGCAACACCCCUUGCUAAUUGGCCUCAGACAGGAGAUAUAGAAUUUGAAAAUCUGACGCUGCGCUAUUCUCCUCACUCCUCUAAAGCACUGGACGGUGUAUCAUUCAAGGUAAAAGCAGGAACCAAAGUCGGGAUUGUUGGCAGAACAGGGGCUGGAAAAUCUUCCAUCAUAGCAGCCAUAUACCGACUCUCCGAUUGGGAAGACGGUACUAUUAUUAUCGAUAACAAAGACAUAAAAUACGUACCCUUGGAAUGUCUGAGAAAUUCUAUAAGUUGCAUCCCACAGAACCCUACCUUAUUCGAGGGAACCAUUAGGUCUAAUUUAGACCCUUGGGACCAGUACUCAGACGUGCAAGUUUUUGAAGCACUAGAAAAAGUGGGAUUGAUUGAGCAGAGUGAGGGAUUAUGUUCACUUCCUGGACAAAAGCUAUCCUAUCCUUCUAACCAUAAACUGAGAAAUAGAUUCAUUGACUUGAAUACAGUAGUAAAAUCAGGUGGCUCAAAUAUAUCUCAAGGACAAAGACAGCUUUUGUGUUUGGCACGUUCUAUGCUUGGUGCACGUAAUAUAAUGUUAAUUGAUGAAGCAACGGCCUCCAUAGAUUAUGUUUCUGAUGCUAAAAUUCAGAAAACAAUAAGAGAAACGAUGAGAAAUACAACAGUUUUAACCAUUGCUCACCGCUUAAGGUCCGUCAUCGAUUACGACAAAAUUUUGGUGAUGGAUAUGGGAAGAGUAGAGGAAUAUGACCAUCCAUACAAUUUGAUAUCUGAUAAAAACACUAUUUUUCACCGCCUAUGUAAGCGAAGUGGUGAGUUUGAGAAACUUUUCAGUUUGGCUGAAAAAUCAUUCAAAAAUGAGAGGUUAAAUACUUAA